AUGUCGGCCUUCGACCAAUACACCGCCAAGAGCAAGGCGCCUGCUGGGAAUAGUGGCGAGAAGCAGGUCGGCUCCGCCUGGGGCAAUGAGCGCAACCCCGCGGCGUUUGACUUCCGCUCCGACGUGCACACAACGCCGACGCUCUCCAUGCUGAGGGCGAUCCAGGAGUGCUCUCUGCUCGACGAUGUCUCCAUGGAAGAUCCGACCACGCUCGGCCUCGAGAAAUUUAUAGCCGACCUUACCGGCAAGGAAGACGCCCUCCUCGUCCUCUCCGGUAGCAUGGGCAACCAGGUCGCCCUGCGCUCGCACCUCGCCGCCCCGCCGCACGCCAUCCUCUGCGACCGGCGCUCGCACAUCAUCCAGUACGAAGCCGGUGGCGUCGCCUCGCUGUCACAGGCGUUCACGCAGACGGUCGACGCCAAGAACGGGACGUACAUGACCCUCGAGGAAGUCAGGAAGUACGCCGUCAUCAGCGACGAUGUGCACGCCUGCCCGACCCGCGUCAUAUCGCUCGAGAAUACGCUGAACGGCGCCAUCAUGCCGCUGUCCGAAGUUCGUCGCAUCGCUGCCUGGGCCCGCGAGAAUGACAUCAUAAUGCACAUGGACGGCGCACGACUGUGGGAGGCCGUAGCCGCGGGCGCAGGGACCCUCAAGGACUUCUGCGCCGAGAUGGACAGUCUGUCGCUGUGCUUCAGCAAGGGCCUCGGCGCGCCGAUCGGCAGCAUCAUCGUCGGCACCAAGGCCUUCAUCAAGCGCAGUCGCUGGGUCAGGAAGUCCAUCGGCGGCGGCCUGCGCCAGGCGGGCGUGGUCGCCGCACCAGCCCGCGUCGCAGUCGAGGAGACGUUCCUUGGCGGCAAGCUCGCAGAGUCCCACGACAAGGCGAGGCGGAUACAGAAGCUCUGGACCGAUCUGGGCGGCCAGCUGGACUACCCUGUGGACUCGAACAUGGUGUGGCUGAACCUCGAGGCGCACGCAAUCGACGUCGAUCACUUCAUCGAGACAGCCAACAAGUACGGUGUUCGCACAAGAGGAGGGCGCUUCGUCGUGCACUAUCAGAUCAGCGAGGAGUGUAUCGAGGCCUGCCGCAAGCUCUUCACGGAUGUGCUGACGGGGAAGGAGAGCAAAGGCAAGAAGGCCGAGGCGCCGCAUGCUGCCGAGGAGCUGAAGAUGAAGGGCCAGGUGGACAUUGACUGCAGUGCUUAG